GCUUGACGCUGCGAGCAAAAAACUUGAGAAUGGACCCGAGAAGAGGAAAAAGCCGUUAGUUUGUAGCAGAGAAACUGUGACCGUCCAUGUCUUGUCCACAAAUAGCGACCCGCUGACAAACUUAUUGGCAGCAAUGUCGAGAGAAAACACCACUCGAAGUCUGGACAGCAUAGACCUCGCUGCCUUAAGAGAUCCAGCAGGUAUCUUUGAGUUGGUGGAGGUAGUUGGCAAUGGAACCUACGGUCAGGUGUACAAAGGUCGCCAUGUCAAGACAGGCCAACUGGCAGCUAUCAAAGUCAUGGAAGUCACAGAGGAGGAAGAAGAGGAGAUAAAACUGGAGAUCAACAUGUUGAAGAGUUAUUCCCACCAUAGAAACAUCGCUACUUAUUAUGGAGCUUUUAUUAAGAAAGGUCCUGCUGGACAGGACCACCAACUCUGGUUGGUGAUGGAGUACUGUGGAGCUGGCUCUGUGACAGACUUGGUGAAGAAGACCAAGGGGAACAGUCUGAAGGAAGACUGGAUAGCUUACAUCUGCCGAGAGGUGCUCAGGGGUCUUUCCCAUCUUCACUCCCAUCAUGUGAUUCACAGAGACAUUAAGGGACAAAACGUUUUGCUUACGGAGAAUGCCGAAGUCAAGCUGGUUGACUUUGGAGUGUCGGCACAGCUGGAUAAGACGAUCGGACGCAGGAACACCUUCAUCGGUACUCCCUAUUGGAUGGCUCCGGAGGUCAUCGCUUGUGAUGAGAAUCCUAAGGCCACAUAUGACUACAGGAGUGACCUCUGGUCUUUAGGCAUCACUGCUCUAGAGAUGGCCGAAGGAGCCCCUCCUCUGUGUGACAUGCAUCCAAUGAGAGCCCUGUUUUUGAUUCCACGAAACGCUCCACCCAAACUUAAAUCAAAGAAAUGGUCAAAGCGGUUCUUGUCAUUCGUCGAUAGCUGCCUGGUCAAGAACCAUCUGCAGCGACCAGCUACCGACGCCCUGCUGAGACACGCUUUCAUCAGAGAUCUGGCUAAUGAGAGACAAGUUCGCAUAAUGCUCAAAGAUCACCUGGAUAGAACGAGGAAGAAGAGAGAGAAAGAGGGUCCAGAGUAUGAGUACAGUGGCAGUGAAGAAGAGGAGGACGAGGUGACAGAGGAGGAAGGAGAACCCAGCUCCAUAGUGAAUGUUCCCGGUGAGUGGACCUUAAGACGGGAGUUUCUUCGUUUGCAGACGGAGGAUCGGGACGGGGGCAGGGAGGGAGGCCACGGGGGAGGUGGGGCUCAGCAAAGACAACAGGCAUUACAGCAGCACAGGCAGCAGCUGGCGGAGCAGGAACGAUACAAGCAGCAGUUACUGGCUGACAGACAGAAAAGGAUCCAACAGCAACAUGAGCAACGGCAAAAGUUAGAGGAUCAACAGAGGCGGCAGCUGACGGACUGCGCCUUUCAGUGGGCGGAGCUUCAAGAGAUCUUGCUAGGGGAGGAGUCUGAUCUCCAUGACAACAGAAUUUUUCUGGAUGAGAGAAACAGGAGGACCGACAGGAGACAGCAGGAACAUACAGGCAGACAGCGGAGUGCCGAUGUGUCAGUAAGGCCUCUGGACUCCACUGCAGAGCAGAGAGCCGUGGCUCCAAACCAGCUGCUUCAGCACAAGGCUCAGCUCUCCCAGCCUCAGCUACAGCCACAAGCCAAGCCCCAGCCUCUGGCUCAGCAUCAGCAGCCCUCAGCGGGCAGGAGAUCCCACCGCACCCUGCCCAAGGACCAAACCCAGCUCCUGUCGCUGCAGCACGACCACAGACACAGGGAGAGAGAGAGGGAGAGAGAGAGGCAGAGGCAGAGAGAAAAGUCUGUGGCAGCUGUCCAGAAGCUAACAGUUAAUAGCGGGAACACAGCUGCCACCGCUGCUGCUGCUGUUGCUGCUGCUGCUUCCUCGCCCAGCCGCCCUGCAAACAGCCAGCGCUCAGCGAUGGACUUCCAAGAAUCAAACCUAGCCCGGCUGCUCUUGGCGGCAGGUCUGCCCAACCAGAUGCACUCUAGGCUGGGCUCUGGGAGCAGUUCUAGUCCUUGUACUCCAGCCAUGCAGAGAGCUCACCUCAACCAGAAUGCCAAUCUGCGCUCUAGUCGAGAUGCCCCUCACAGCAGUUCCAUGUCAGAUAUGGCCAUCUCGCCCUUGUCAGCGUUUUCCCCCCUGUCCCCAACUGAUGAUGUAUUCUGGGACUCCGUCGAGGCGCCACCUAAGGUCCCAGAACGCACUACCUCUAAGUUCUACUGUCGAGAGCUGGUGAUGGGACACAAAAGGGCCGUUUCAAGUGGCUGUCCAGUGUCUGUAGCAGAUAAGAGCGGACGGUCGGUGUCUCAUGGAGUCUCCCCUACCAGCAGCCACCACCCAGGUUUCUUCAAGCUGGAGAGUCCUCUUUCACAGCACCGUCUACAGCCACACAGGAAGACACAGGAAAAUGUAACCAGCGGACAUUCACAAGGUGUUAGAUCUGCUCUGGGUCGGCUUAACAAGGCCACAGAAUACUCCUCUUCCAGCGACGAGGUCGGCAGCAGUGAUGAUGAAGAUAGGAACAGGUCUGGUCUGUCCAAUGGAAAGGGGAAAUACUUCAGAGGAAUACCUGAUGGCAUCGUACUGCAACCUCACCACAAUCUUAACCAGAUUUCUCGGAUAGGUUCAGAUGAUACCUACAUGCUACCAGACCUCCUGCAGAAAACCUCCUCCUCCAGUCCUACCCAUAACGCACUGGGCCAGCAGCAGCGAGCAUGUGAACUCAACUACUCGCAGUCGCCCACAACCCCUCGAUCCCCCACGCACCAGGACCUACAUGCUGUCGGCAGUCCUACUGGUAAAAACAUUUCCACAUCUUCAACUUCCUCCUUCCUGUCCUUCAUCGAUCCAAGAUUGAUUCCAAUAUCAUCGCCACCACAGAGCCCUACAGGCAGUAAGGGUGAGCCAAUCAAGAGAGAGAACCACCGGAAGGGCUCUGUGGUGAACGUGAACCCAACCAACAUUCGACCACAGAGUGACACUCCAGAGAUCCGCAAGUACAAGAAGAAAUUCAACACAGAAAUUCUCUGUGCUGGACUAUGGGGUGUGAAUCUGUUGGUGGGGACCGAGAAUGGCCUGUGGCUGCUGGAUCGAAGUGGUCAGGGGAAAGUGUACUCCCUCAUCAGCAGGCGAAGGUUUCAGCAGAUGGAUGUGUUGGAAGGACUCAAUGUGCUGAUCACUAUAUCAGGUAAAAAGAACAAGCUCCGUCUGUACUACCUGUCCUGGUUAAGGAAUAAAAUCCUACACAAUGACCCAGAGGUGGAGAAGAGACAGGGUUGGACUUCAGUGGGUGACUUGGAGGGCUGUGUACACUAUAAAGUUGUGCGUUACGAGAAAAUUAAGUUCUUAGUGAUUGCUUUGAAGAAUGCUGUGGAGGUGUAUGCCUGGGCCCCCAAACCCUACCACAAAUUCAUGGCCUUCAAGUCAUUCAGGUCUCUGCCUCAAAAACCACUGUCUGUUGACCUGACAGUCGAGGAAGGUCAGAGGUUAAAGGUCAUCUACGGCUCCUUGUCUGGUUUCCACGCCAUUGAUGUCGACUCUGGAACACCCUAUGACCUCUACCUCCCUACACAUAUCCAGGGUUCCAUUCAUCCCCAUGCCAUCAUCAUUCUGCCAAACAGCGCUGGAACAGAGGUUCUGGUUUGCUACGAAGACGAGGGCGUCUACAUUGACACCUACGGUCGCAUCACCAAGGAUACAGUGCUGCAGUGGGGGGAGAUGCCUGCAUCAGUUGCCUACCUUCAGUCUAACCAGGUGAUGGGUUGGGGAGAAAAGGCCAUAGAGCUGAGGUCAGCCAACACAGGGAACCUGGAGGGAGUUUUCAUGCACAAAAAGGCCCAGAAACUCAAGUUCUUGUGUGAAAGGAACGAUAAGGUCUUCUUUGCCUCAGUGCAGUCCGGAGGCAGCAGUCAGAUUUACUUCAUGACUCUGGGACAGAACUCGCUGUUCAACUGGUAACAACUCGACCCAUUGCUCUGGGAUCUAGUGGUGGUGUCUGCCUUCAUUAUUCUGGGUUUACCUGGUGAUGCCUUUUUAUUUUUGUUCUGACUGAUGUUCAUCUCCAUGGAUGGUGGACACCAUACAAAGAUCAACUAGUUAAUCCUGGAUUCAUUACUCUGUCUUGUCUACAGUAGUUGCCAUGUAUAUGCGCACGGAUCCACAGCUGAGUUGACUGAGAGUCCAUCACUCCUUCCUUGAAUACUGACACCUGAAUCCUCGCUCCUUCAGCUGUAGCAACACACAAAUCCGGACCUGUAAUUCAGCAAAAAAGAGCUUUUGUUCACUGCCACCUCUUCCGUCCAUGGAAGCACUGAAAGGUACAACUUUCAGUGUCAGAAUUUAUCAUGUAUAAAGCACACACAGCAUUUUCUUAUGCUUGAAGUCUACCUGGAGUCUUUCCCAGUAGGAUUCAGGCUGCAAACCCUCUCUGCACCAGUGUGGCAGAAGACUCUUUUUGUGUCCCGUUGUGUCCAAAUGUACCUGGAAGCAAAACCGAUGGCUUGAUUUGGUGGAAUGUGUGGUGAUUUCAAAUGAACACCAGGUCAUCUGGCCUCAACAUCCCGUUCCUGCUCUCAUCUGUCAGCACUGGAGACAGGAGCCCGCUCAGUUUGUUUCACAUUCUCUCUCUGGUGGAUCAGUUAUCUCUUUCUUUUUCUCGCUGAGGAACUCUGUUGUAUCAGUUACACUGCUAAGUAUGUGUAUAUCAGUUACUCGCUCAUAUUUGCUUUAACAAUGCCUGGCUGUGGCGUAUGACUGGACCAACUGCUUGCUUUUCAUCUGAUGAAGUCAAGUCUUUAUAGCUGGAUAAUUGUUCUCAGAAUGCAGACCGGGGGAGUUUCUUCUCUGGUGUGUCUUCAUGCAAGCAGUAUUUGUGUUAAAAGGAGUAAAACUAGAAGAACAGAAGUCCUUCAUCAACCUCAUUCGCUCCAUGGACAUCAUCUGGGCAUUUCAAGGAGUGGGUUGGGGCCACAAUGUCAAUAAUCAGUUUCCACAAACCACCUGUGUUGUCUGCCUGCAAUACCUCAGCAGUGUUCUUUAUGAAGGAGUUCUUCUUCACUACUGUUAGCAGAUAUCAAGGACCCAAAGUCAUUUGUCAAUUACUGUACUGAAUCUUUGUUUUGUUGGUUUCCAUAUAGUAUUAUUAGACAGUAUUAUAUUAUGUACUAUCAAAUAUUAUGUUGUUGAAAGAAGAGACAUUCAGGGUGGCAGUAAGUCCGUAUAACACCCUACAAAUCAUAGAUUCAAUCAGUCAAACUGUAACCAUAGCUGUAAAAUAUACUGUCCAUGCAAACCUUACAAUAAGAUGUCAGUAUUAAAUUUCUCCCAUUAAGACAUGGACAUAAGGUCAUUCUCUCCCUAGUGAUGAGCUGGAAGUCAUCUUUACUCUGUGCUUGAAAUCAGUCACCAGUUAGGUAAAAAUGAUCUGCUGCAUUGCAAACUUAACAUAAAAAUGACUUGAAUAGAUUUGAGUACCCCAACAGUUUUCUUAGAUCCCAGUUUGAGCAUUAACUCCCCCACAGAUCUAGAUCAUGUAAUUUUAGUCUGAUUAUUCCAUAAUAAGAUCCUUAACAGCCUUGUUCUUAACUGUAGGAAUUGUAAUGUACAGCAGAAAUGGUGUACACAAUUAGAGAUACACACCAACUCCACAGUAACAGGCUAAGAAUGCUUUUCUGCAUCUGUUUUGUACAGCUUAUGAUGUAUAUAAUCCUGUAAGAUGCACUGUUUUCUAAAUAUUUUAUAAUUGACAAGCCAUCUUUAUGUAUGUGUACAGAAUUAUAGGCUUAUGAAUGUGAAAUUCCAUCCCAGAACAGAGUUCAUACAUGUUAUUUCCAUAAUCUUCGAGAGUUCAGGGUGUGUGAACAUGAACAUGAGCUACUGACAGUGAACUUGAAGGCUCCUGUUCAGGUUUUCAACCUGGUGGAUGUCAAAUAAUGUAUCAAGUGAAUUCUGUUUUGUGGUUGACUUUCUGCUAACGUGUAUGAGUCGGGCUCUUUGCACAAUGGCCACCUUGUACAUGUUGUCUGUAAUAUAUCCUGCUUUGAAAUGAAUUUUUGGGUUCAAAGUAUAAGCUUAAAAGCCAUUCUAUAGUCAGUAUUGAAGAUAUAACUGAUAGCCUUUUGCUUUGGAUCAGUAUUACACUACCCAACAUGGGAUGCACACCUGUUUUUGAUGGGUCCAGUUGAGGAAUUGUUUUUUAUUUUAUUUUAUUUUUUGAGCCUGGAUCUGACAAGUUGCAAUGAGCUGGGCUGAAAAAAGGUGAAAAUGCCCUGUUGUGCAGUAUUUGUUCUGUUCUACUUGAUAUUUUGAUCAUUUACGCAAUGAGCUUCAAAGAAAGACACCAAAGAUAAAUGCUUUGAUAUAUUGGCUUCCUUGAAUCUGACUGUAAGAUAAUUCACAAAUCACAACUGACUAUUUGGUUUGGAAAGAUGAUGAAAAGUCAUCUAUAUUUUUAGAACGUACAGAGUUUAAGGUGUAUUAUUAUUAUAUUCUGUACAAAAGAUGACCAACACAUCAGACACAUGGAGGCCUGAAGAGUCUCCCAGGAAGGAUGUGUCUUGGUAAAUCGCAACAUAAUAUAUGCAAUUUAAUGUUGCUAGUGUUCAUAUAUUUAAUAGCUUACAUGUAUGCUUUAGAUAGUGCUAGGUUUGGUAAAAGUGAAGAAACAAUUGGUUUUUACCUUCAAAUGUGAAUUUGCAAUUUGUCUGUUUCUGAUCCAUUUUCAUUGUACCAGUUGUCUUUUCCUUCAUCGGAUUUUGCUCAAAAUGCUUACUUGGUUAUGUUUUGUGUCAUAUUAUCCUCUAUAUUUACUCUUUAAUGUUCUGGCUAUCACAAUUUGCUCCAAAUGUUUUAUAUUCAUGAUACUUUGAGUUUUUGUUUUUGUUACGAGUUGAUAGAAAUAUUGCAGCUGGUUCUGUGAGAAUAUUUUAAACUGGAAAAUUAACAUUCUGAUGAUGAUGUCUUAUUGCUAAGUUGUUACCAGUAUUUCUUACAGUAUUUGUUUCAGUAGGAUAGAUGCUAUUACAUCAGAGACAUCAGACCAGAUAGCUAGUUAGCAUGGCUACAGUGCAUGGAAAUACAGGAUUGCAAACUAACAGGAUGACAGGCGUAGACUUGAUAGCUAACAUAUGGCUAAGUUAGUAGAACGAGGCUAGCAGCAUCAAAAUGUGUCACUCUGUGUACAAAGUCAGUUUCCGUGUGAAGAACUUGACAAACCACAUUUCACAUACAUACCGUGUUUUAAGAUACAAUUCAAAAUGUAUCGGCAAAAAAGACAUCUUUUUGACACUGACAAUACAUUUGUACCUUCCUGCAGCUGACAACUGUUAUAAAAUUUGAUGAACAUCUUUAACUACAUGAGACAUAAGUAAUGGCACUUUUAUUUUAAAAUCUUGACAUAAAUGCCUUCAGAUGUCCUUUUUAUAUGUGAAGUUUAUUCCUCCGAACAGGACAUAUCGUCGUAUUUAGAAACGGGCACUGUGAUAGCUUGCGGUCGGCUUUGGUCGGGUCUGUUCAGCUGUGAAAUCGAGGCCGGCACAGAACCCGGCAGGUUUGGCCAGGUUCCUGAGCAAGACCCUGGCCAUCAGAGUCCAGACAGGACGGACCAAAAUUAGUCCCAAUCUACCACAGUGGUUCCAGCAUGUGUUCAGCUGUACCUUACAUUCACACAGACCAUGAACAGUAGUGAGUCUGUAUUUGCUGCACUAUCCAACACGCUCUGUCAAUGAUGCCUGGUUAUCAACACAAGUUGCCAGAGAGCACAAGUGAACUAAUUAGUCCUUUCAUUAAUUCGCCCUUGGACCGACCGGUCUGGUUGAUUUCAUGUCCCUACUUUUAAAGCAAUAAUGUAUGUUUGAGUACCACCGAUUUAUCAUUGCAAUUAUAUGACCAUGAGAGAUUUUAUCAGAGUUAUAAUUUGGCAAAUUUAUGAAUUAAGUCUUGUAAUGAGUGAUACAUUACUCAUUACAUACAUAUUCAUUUUAAAAAGCAGUCGUCCUUAUUCUGCCGAGUGUUAGCUCAGCACAAGGGUUCUGUUGUUUGGUUCCUAAAAAGACAUCUUUAGUUUAUUUCUUCUACGUUGUUCCAGAUCAUGUUUUAUCUGCAUCAUUCUCCAUCCUUCUUAAGAAACAACAUAGAACUCAGUUCCUCUGCGAGCUAUUUGGAGCCAGUGUCACGUGUAAUGAUGAUUAUAUAUCUGGGUUAAUCCAUGUGACAUCUAAAGCUACAGUUUUGAGGCACACUGAGGAAAUUUUUUGUGGGUUAUUAGAAACAAACUUCUCCUGCACUUUGCCUGCCUGAGCUGAACAUCUGACUGUAGCUGUAUCACUAAUGAGAGAGAGUUCAGUGCAUUUCCGCCUACACCUUCCACUGGUUAAGAUUUUGAUAGAUUCGGUUUUCAGGCCCCCGAUGACUCACAUCUCCAACUCUCCCACCAACUCUUCCUCUCAACAUGUCAACACGUCUCCUCUUUCUUACCGCUGCCUUUUAUUGCCUCUGCGUCUUUUUUCUCUCUCCUCUACCCAUCUACAACCUACUGCUUCUCUCUAACAUUAGAGUAGAAGAAUAAUGCAUCGUGAUAUUUUCUGUAUCGUGAUAUUGCAUCGAUUCUCAAAAUCACUAUCGGUUUUUAGGGUUAAAUCUCUAACCGCUAGAUAGCAAAAAAAGAUAUUGUGCAUUUAGUGGUGUGUUCUUUAUACUAUGACAGUUUAACUAAAAUUAGGUUGUUGUUUUUUUAUUGCAAUAUAUCGCCUAUAGCAUACACUAAUGCCGUAUAUUGAAUCGUAACCCCUGUAUCACGAUACAUAUGAUUGAUGUCACAUGCUCUCUAUUGCUUUCCAUUGUCUCUUUCUCUCUUGUCAAGUCCCUCCAUCCCUGUUAGCCCUGUUGAAGGACUCCUCGGCCUGUUUGUGUCAUUGGAUUGGCUGGUGGGGUGAAAGUAUUUGGAUUUCUAUUAAUCAGAUAUGUGAGGUUUGACGCGUACUAAAGGAAACCACGCAGUAUAAACAUUUAGGUCCACAACCUCAAGAUCAACCUCAAUCAUCCAUGCAUAGUGUGCCAUGUUUCUCUCUCUUAUUUCUGAGCAGCUGCUUAUCUGAUCUUUCCUUUGAAACAUGACGUUAUCCAUCUUUAUUGCAUCAAAUACUAAUGCAUAAUUUACCAACUGAAGAGUCUUGAAACAGACAACAGAAUUGCCCCAACCCUGUUUUUGGCUGAUUGGUGAAGUAGGAUGAAGCAUGAUGCAGACAAAUAAUACAAAACAGCUCGAAUGUAUUGCAUCAGGUUUGCUGUAUUCCGUUAAAGAAAGACUGUGUAACGUUUGCAGAGCUGUGGCAACAGUUAGCUUUCAAAACACCUGAGUGUAUUGAAUUGAUCAAGGGUGGGUUUUGUUGCUUAUUGAUUCAACUUUUAAUUUGCAAGAGGAAGAAUGUGCCGUUUCUUUUAAAAGUUACACAGUUUUCCUUGAAGUGAUGCAACUGUUACUUUCCAGCCUGUGUAUGAGCUAAAGUCUGCGGAUGAGCUAUGCAGUUCUAAAGAAAGUGUGUGUUUGUGCGGGAAGGUGUAAUGUAGAUUGGGAACAGGUGUUUAAUAAGCACAAAUUCAGUCUGUAAGAGAAGGAAGGAUAGAGUUAGAGGAGGUAGUUAGUGGCUUGAGUCAAGUGUCAGUUAAUAGAAGGAAUAUAGAUGUUGCUUUGAAACCCAAAUGCACAAUGUUUUCUUGUUUUAUUUCCUUUAGCCUACAAUAAUCCUUAGUGUUAACUCAGUUUGGGAAAACAAUGGAAAACUUGAGGGUAAAACGAUUUAUUUUACAUGCUAACGGAGCCAAUAAUGGGGCCAGCAUUUCAACAGAGGGCACCAAACUGCACAUGUGGAUUAAUUAUCUUUAGAUAAUGACGGUUGUAUUGAGGAGAAGAAGGAAGAGCAUGUGAAGGAGAGAGGCAGUAAUUGUAAUGAAAAGAGACUAGACUAGACUGGUAGUGUCUGUCGAUGAGUGAUAUUUCCCAAAUGUUUAGAUUUAGCCAAUAAUUUAUAAUUAUCAGUAUAUUUGGGACUAACUUGAUAGAGUUACCCAACUGCUUGCAAUAUGGAGUCACAGGACAGUUGUGUUCUUGUAAAUUCUAAAGAAAAGUUGAGAUUAUAAAAUACCAAAUAUAUAGAUAUAUUUCUAAGUAUAUAUAUUCCCCGUUAUGAAGUUGUUCCUUUGUUUUAUUUUUAUUUUUUGCACUGGACCUAUGUUUGAUGCAUCAUAUACUGUACUGUACCCCUCCUGCUUUGAGAUGAUCACAAACUAACUUGUGUUUCCAUGUAAUGAGGCAAAAGACAGUGAAACAACAAUAAAUAUGUUGAGUCGAUGGUG